ACGACUGCCAUGAUAUGUCUCCUUGUAGGUAGUAGAGCAAAUGUGCGUCCCCCCCCUCGCCGCCGUCAUGUUACACGACUUUACUGGCAGGUCCAUGCGGGGAGCGCACUUGCAAUAUUUCCCCUUCGCUUGAGAAGUUGUCCAGUUUGCGCGCUAGCUCGCACCAACCAUGUCAACAUGGCGGAGACUGGGAGUCCGGGGGUGGCUCACCUUCAGACGGGUCACGUUCGAGCACCGGUGGUCAUAUCGACUAAGGAUGUCGGGACGAAGCCUGCAAACAGGCACUCCUCGGCCGAAUGACUUGAUUAAAGAUCUGAAGGGCAUAUGGGCCGCCACCAGGGGGAAGAUCUCGGACGCUCUGCCAGGGAGCUCCUGGAGCCCCAUUGAGGUCAACCCCGAACUCCCACCGGAGAGGGCCGAUAUAGUGAUCGUGGGCGGCGGCGUGAUGGGCUGGUCCAUCGCCUACUGGCUCAAGCAGAAGGAGACUCGACGUGGGGAGUUCAGAGUUGUCGUGGUGGAGAAGGAUACCACGUACUCCAAGGCGUCCACAGUGUUGUCCGCUGGGGGGAUCCGGCAGCAGUUUUCCCUGCUGGAGAACAUCUGCCUGUCUUUGGAGUCUGCAAACUUCCUGAGGAACAUCAACGACCACCUUGGGGUAUUGAACGAAGAUGCCGUGGACCUGCAGUUCAACCAAUCAGGAUAUUUGUUCCUGGCCAGCGAGAAGGUGGCACACAUCAUGGAGGAGAACUACAAGACCCAGAGGUCAGCUGGAGCCAAAGUGGUCCUUCUCUCCGCCACACAGCUAAAAGACAAAUUUCCGUGGAUCAAUACGGAAGAUGUGGUGCUAGCUUCAUAUGGUCUGGAGAACGAGGGCUGGUUUGACCCCUGGACUCUGUUGAACGCCUUCAAGAGGAAAGCCAUGUCCAUGGGUGUCAUCCAGUGUGCCGGAGAAGUCACCGGUUUUAAUCAGGUGUCAAACCUGGUGACCACAGUAGAGGGCGACCAAUUGCAAACGACAGUGAUCAAAUCUGUUAAAGUGCAGAUGCCCAACAGCCUGGAGUACCAGCUAGUGGAAUGCGCCCUUGUGGUCAACGCAGCCGGAGCUUUUUCCGCUAAACUGGCCGAGCUGGUCGGAAUGGGAUUUGGCCCCAAAGACACGAUAGCCGCAAUUCCACUUCCUGUCGAACCCCGUAAAAGGUUCGUGUACGUGGUUCACUGUCCCGACGGUCCCGGUCUGGACACGCCUUUCUUGAUCGACCACUCUGGAGUGUACUUCAGGAGGGAGGGGCUUGGUGGGAACUAUAUCGCUGGAAUGUCACCGGAGGAGGGGGAGGAGCCGGACAUCACUAAUCUGGACGUGGACCACCAAUUUUUUGAGGACAAAAUCUGGCCCCAUCUGGCGAAGCGUGUUCCUGCUUUUGAAAAAUUGAAGGUGACGAGUGCGUGGGCGGGCUACUACGACUACAACACCUUGGACCAGAACGGCAUCGUGGGCCUGCACCCGCUCUUCCGAAACAUGUACUUCGCCACGGGCUUCAGCGGCCACGGCCUGCAGCAGUCGCCCGCCGUGGGCCGCGGCGUGGCCGAACUCAUCCGGGAAGGCGCCUUCCAAACCCUGGACCUGAACGGCCUGAGCUUCGGCCGCAUCCUGAAGCAGGAACCCAUGUUGGAGAGGAACAUCGUGUAGAUCUUCAACCAAACGCUGGUUUUGAAAUCCCCAAAAGUAUCAUUGUAAUAUAAUGAUGUCACAAUCAUGCUACAUUUUUUUAUGAUAGUUUUGUUCAUCUCAUGCAUUUUUUUUCUACCAAUGAAGCAGAAAAGCUCUUCUUUAACGUCGUCGUCGUUCUUAGCAGCUUACCAAUGCGUGACGGCCAAAUGCCUCCAGUUCAAAAAAGUGAGUCACUCAGUCAACUUGUAAAAGAAGCGUCUUUUCUUUUACUUUCAACUAGGGGUGUAACGGUACACAAACAUUUUGGUUCGGUACGUACCUCGGUUUAGAGGUCACGGUUUGGUUCAUUUUCGGUACAGUAAGAAAACAACAAAAUAUACAUUUUCGGGUCAUUUAUUUACCAAAUUUGCUAAAUCUUCCACCAAAAAUAUUUUCUUAGUGGAAUAUUUGAAGUGAAGUAAUCGGAACCUUGGAUAGGUCAAUAAUUCAUAAUAACAUUGAUUUUGAUUCAAUAUUAUGUUUUGAGCAAUGACAGUUUGAAAGAAAAAAAAAACAGCUUUGUUUUAAAAAAACAGCUUUGUUUUAUUAGUCAACAUUGCAACUUUUUCUAAAUUACGGUUCAUUUUCGGUACAGUAAGAAAACAACAAAAUAUACAUUUUUGGGUUAUUUAUUUACCAAAUUUGCUAAAUCUUCCACCAAAAAUAUUUUCUUAGUGGAAUAUUUGAUGUGAAGUAAUCGGAACCUUGGAUAGGUCAAUAAUUCAUAAUAACAUUGAUUUUGAUUCAAUAUUAUGUUUUGAGCAAUGACAGUUUGAAAGAAAAAAAAAAACAGCUUUGUUUUAUUAAUCAACAUUGCAUCUUUUUCUAAAUUACAUUUAACCUUUGAGCUUUUUUAUUUCACUUUUGUUAUGUUUUUUUAAAUUUCACUUUUGUUAUGUUUUUGUUUAUUUAAAAUAGUAUUUUUAGAAUGUGCCGUGGGCCUUUAAAACAUUAGCUGUGGGCUGCAAAUGGCCUCCGGGGCACACUUUUGACACCCCUGCUAUAGAUAAGAAAAAAUUAAAUCUGAUAAAUCUAUGGAUAAAAAGCAGAGCCUGACGACGCAUGCAUAACUCUCUCUGUCUCUGCCCCUCCCUCACCAAUGCUGCUGCGUGCACAAUUUGUUGUGUUUUUAACCCCUUCUUAACCCUGAACGUACAUUGAAAAUACACGCAACCCUAACUCAAAAUGCCGGACAUUUGAGGCAUUUAAGAAACUCCACCCUGACAGCUCUGCAAAAGAGGACAUGUCCGGUGAAAAGAGGACAUAUGGUCAGUCUAUCGUAGCCCGCUAGCAUGCCGUGUGUUGAGCCUCGGUGUGCAUUGUUUACACAACGUGCGUUACGCUACUUAAUAUGUCCGUGUGGAAACUUGUUUGGUACACCUCCGAACCGAACCGGAACCCCUGUACCGAAACGGUUCAAUACAAAUACACGUACCGUUACACCCCUACUUUCAACACAAAUACUCAACCAAAGCAAACCAAGCAGAUUCCUAAGAACUGUGAAGCUUUGUCUUAUAGAAGAUCUUUUAAAACAGCAGUGCGCUCCUGUCAUAUUGACGAUCUUUGACCAACAUUUCUGCUGUAGGUUUUGAAAAAUAGCAGAGCAUUCCUAUCAUAUUGAUGAUCUUUGAUAAGUAUUUCUGACAGUGUGUUUUAAAAAAAAAAAAAGAGCUGGGCACUCUGAUCAUAUUGAUGAUCUUUGAUAAGCAUUUCUGACGGUGUGUUUUUAAAAAAAAACAGCAGGGCACUCUCCUAUCAUAUACAUCAGACCUGGGCAAGUAUUUUGACUCAGGGGCCACAUUGGUCGGUAAAGAUAUUUCUGGGGGCCGGUGUGUGUUAUACAUACAUACCAAUCACCAAUCACACUGUAUACAGUAUAUGGCAUGAUAACUGCAGGGUUUUUCUGUGUAACAGAGGAGUGACUGACUGAUGAAUACUUUAUCUUACUUUAUUUCAGGUUUUUAACAUGACACUGAGUUUGUUUGUUUUUUGACAAUAUUUUAGCUGGAAAAAAAGGGCCACACUACUGUAUGUGUGCCUGGUUCCCUUUUUGAAGAACACUUUAAACAUGUGUAGGUGGUUCAGCAUUAGUGGAAAAAAUUCCUAAAAUGCAGUAGAAAAACAUAAAAGCUAAACACACAAUACAAACAUGAUACAACUGAUAAAAAGUUACAUUAUUAUGAACGACCACCUCAAAAAACGAUGAAAUUUU